GUAGAGAAAGAGCCACACAAGCUUUUGUAGACCUCUCUUAGCCAAAUACCGCUCAACUCACCUCACCUUCUUUCUUAACAUCCGCCUAUUUCCUUCUUCUUAUUUUUCUGACCUCAUAAAUUUUCCUGCUUUCAUUCUAGCCAUAAUAAGGUACGAUUUUUAUAUAUUUUGUUUUCAUUUCUUAUGAAUUCACGUUAUAUCUUAAUUCAAAAACUUUAUAGUCCAUAAAAUUUGGCAUUUUCUUUUUGUGGGUUGUUCAUUUUAUCCUUAAAUUUUGCAUAUUUAUCUGUUUGUUCAGUGAAUAGUGUAUGACUGUUUUGGGACUGUAAUGCCACUUUGUUGAGUAGUUUAUAGUUAGGUUUACAAGAAUUUGUGCUGUUGCUGUGAAAUUCUUACACUUGGGAUUGAUUAAAUGCAAAUUCUGAUGAUUAGAAUCCUUAAUCUUUAAGAACAAUAAUAAUUAUGGCAACAAUGGCUUCCUUAGUGACUUUGGGAAGCUCUGGAACGAGUUGUUCAGGAAAUUUGGAGGUUUCCUUUUCACUAGUUAAUAAAAUUUCGAUUCCUAGAAGGGUUUGUAGAUGUAAUUUUCGGCAUUUAGGAGGGGGAAGGAGAUGGCAAUACGUAUCGGUGUGUAAGCUUUCUAUUGUUACUGAUUACAUUUCUGAGCAAGGAAAUGCUGUUUCUCUUGAGAAUACAUAUAAAGGGAGUAAAGAUGAGGACCUUAUCUUGAAACCUUCUCCUAAACCGGUAUUACAAUCGGGGUCUAAUGGGAAUCGUAAAUUGGGGGAAAGUUCGGGAGGUUGGGAGGAAUCGAAAAUUGAUGCAGGCUCGAGUAAUGGGAAAUUAGGCAAUGUGGAGGAGAGGAAGAAGGUUAUUGAAUCACUAGAUGAGGUAUUAGAGAAGGCUGAGAGACUAGAAAUCGGAAGCUCGGAAUUAGAUAGUAAAAAUGAGAGCAAACCUGUAAAUAAACCAUCUCCCAGUGUAAGUACUUCAGCAAAUGGUAAACCUGUAAAUAGCUCGGCAAAAGGGAAGCCUAGCGGUGGGAAGAGUGUUUGGCGAAAGGGGAAUCCGGUUGCCACAGUGCAAAAAGUAGUAAAAGAACCUCCUAAGAUUGAAAAGGUUGAGAGAACUGAAAGUAGGACUACAGGAGAAGAAAAGUUAGACAAUCAAUCACCUCAGGCCUUGAGACCUCCAUUGCCACCGCAGAGGCCUGAUAUCAAGUUGCAGGCAAGGCCGUCUGUGGCUCCUCCACCAGUGCCGAAAAAGCCGGUUUUGAAGGAUGUGGGGAUGUCCUCCCCAGUUGAUGGGAAGGACCAGGCUGUGAAAUCAAAAGAGAGAAAACCAAUUUUGGUUGACAAGUUUGCCUCAAAGAAAGCAGCUGUUGAUCCAAUGAUUGCUCAAGCUGUAAUUGCCCCGCCUAAACCUGCGAAAAUGCCUUCAGGAAAGUUUAAAGAUGACUACAAGAAGAAGGGUGUUACAGCUGGUGGAGCAAAGAGGCGUAUGGUUAAUGAUGAUGAUAUGCAUGAAGAUACUUCAGAACUUGGAGUAUCCAUUGCUGGUGCUACCGCUCGAAAAGGGAGGAAAUGGAGUAAGGCAAGUCGUAAAGCUGCUAGACGUCAAGCAGCGAGAGAUGCAGCUCCUGUCAAAGUGGAUAUUUUAGAGGUUGGAGAAAAGGGCAUGUCAACAGAAGAAUUGGCAGACAACUUGGCUAUCAGUGAAGGUGAAAUUCUUGGUUACCUAUAUUCCAAGGGGAUUAAACCUGAUGGGGUACAAACUCUCGAUAAGGAAAUGGUAAAGAUGAUCUGUGAACGGUAUGAAGUUGAAGUUUUGGAUGCGGUUUCUGAUGAAUUGGGAGAUAUGGCUCGGAAAAUGGAAACUUUUGAUGAAGAUGACCUUGACAAACUUGAAGAUAGGCCUCCUGUGCUUACUAUCAUGGGUCAUGUUGAUCAUGGAAAGACAACCCUCCUGGAUUAUAUACGAAAGAGCAAGGUUGCAGCUUCUGAAGCAGGAGGGAUUACACAAGGGAUUGGAGCUUAUAAAGUGGAUGUACCAGUUGAUGGCAAGUUGCUACCUUGUGUCUUUCUUGACACUCCUGGUCACGAGGCUUUUGGGGCAAUGAGGGCUCGUGGAGCAAGAGUGACGGAUAUAGCUAUUAUUGUUGUAGCUGCUGAUGAUGGGAUCCGUCCUCAAACAAAUGAAGCCAUAGCACAUGCGAAAGCAGCUGGUGUACCUAUUGUGGUUGCAAUUAAUAAGAUAGACAAAGACGGGGCUAAUCCUGAUCGUGUCAUGCAAGACCUUUCAUCAAUUGGUUUGAUGGCAGAGGAUUGGGGUGGUGAUAUCCCAAUGGUCAAGAUCAGUGCACUCAAAGGUGAAAACGUGGAUGAAUUACUAGAGACAUCCAUGCUUGUUGCAGAGCUGCAAGAGUUAAAGGCAAAUCCUCACAGGAGUGCAAAGGGCACUGUAAUUGAGGCUGGUCUUGACAAAUCAAAAGGACCUAUUGCCACUUUUAUUGUGCAGAAAGGCACCCUAAGAAAAGGGGAUACAAUUGUCUGUGGUGAAGCAUUUGGCAAGGUGCGUGCCUUAUUUGAUCAUGGAGGGAAUCGUGUGGAUGAAGCUGGUCCAUCUAUCCCUGUUCAGGUUAUUGGAUUGAAUAAUGUUCCAUUCGCUGGUGAUGAGUUUGAAGUAGUGAGUUCUCUUGACAUAGCUCGUGAAAAGGCAGAGGCUCGUGCAGUCUCUAUAAGGGAUGAGCGCAUAGCUACUAAGGCUGGAGAUGGUAAGGUUACCUUGUCAUCUUUGGCUUCAGCAGUUUCAUCUGGGAAGAUGGCUGGUUUGGACUUGCACCAGCUAAAUAUUAUUCUAAAGGUUGAUCUCCAGGGCUCAAUUGAAGCACUGAGACAGGCUCUUGAGGUUCUUCCUCAAGUUAAUGUUUCUUUGAAGUUUCUCUUGCAAGCAACAGGAGAUGUUAGUACUAGUGAUGUUGAUCUUGCAGUUGCUAGUCAAGCUAUAAUUUUGGGGUUCAAUGUAAAGGCACCUGGUUCUGUUCAAAAAUAUGCAGAUAACAGAGGUGUUGAGAUUCGGCUAUACAAAGUAAUUUAUGAUCUAAUUGAUGAUAUGCGACGUGCAAUGGAAGGAUUGUUGGAUCCUGUAGAGGAACAAGUUACAAUUGGUGCAGCAGAAGUCCGGGCAACGUUUAGCAGUGGUAGUGGUCGUGUUGCUGGAUGUAUGGUGACUGAGGGAAAAAUUACUAAAGGCUGUGGGAUUCGAGUUUUACGUAAGGGUAAAACUGUUCAUGCUGGACUCCUUGAUUCUUUGCGUCGGGUGAAGGAAAACGUUGAAGAGGUAAACAAUGGGCUUGAGUGUGGAAUUGGAUUGGUGGACUAUGAUGAUUUUGAGGUUGGUGAUAGACUUGAGGCAUUCAAUACAGUGCAAAAGAAACGAACCCUUGAGGAGGCUUCAGCUCAGGUAACAGCUGCACUUGAAGGAACUAGCAUGGCUCGAUGAAUAUGAAUGAACACAAUGCUCUUGUACAAUAUCAAGGCAAGACUGGUUAUUUCACCUCAGCGAAGAUAUCACCUCGCUCCUGCGUCCUUGAAAUUCCGAAAGCUAUGAUCUAUUUGUUCCGAGCAUUCGAUCCUUAGUGGAUGUUCAAUGAGCUGCUUAGCCAAUUCUGUAUGAGAUCAUGCUGUACAUAAGUGGUAUAUGUGAAUCACAUUCAUAUGCUUCUCUCUAAUGUAGUUGUCAAAGUUCCUCCACAUUUUUUUUGCUGACAGCAUUUUGUAACAGUUAUAGUAUCCACCUUGUAAAGGAAAAGAUCUUCAAAGUCAUAAAGGAAAGAAGGUGAAAUAUUGCCUGCUUCAGUAACCAUCUCUCCAAAUUGUAUAUCUCACAUUUUAUUCACGCUAAAGUCUUUUCUGUCCGAAAGCCAAUAGAUAGAUGCUAUGCCACAAUA